ACUCGUAUAGGUUAUAUUAUUACUAUAGUCAGAUCUCUCCUUGCUGCUCAGUCUCCUUUCUCGUGGAAGUCAUGGAAAUAUUUUGUUCCGAGAUCCGAGAGUCAUGAUAAUAAACACGUGUUGUUUUCCAUGUUGUAUCUUAAGUUGGCUGCAAGCCAAGAUUUGAAAUAAUCCUAAUAUCCUUCAUACUUUCGCAUCAGGUUGAUAUACUUGAAUCUGCAACCAUCCAUAUCAACGAUGGAACACUAUCAAAAUGCUCCUAAGAUCCUGGACGGUGGUUUUUCCGGGCAAUUGUCACGGCAUGUGAAUGCAAAAAUCGACGGUGAUCCGCUGUGGACAGCGCGGUUUCUUAAAACCAAUGUCGAUGCCAUAUAUGCCACACACUUGGAUUUUCUGCGCGCUGGUGCCGACAUUAUUGAGACUAAUACCUAUCAAGCGUCUGUAUCUGGCAUGAUGAAGUAUCUGAAUAUAAGUGAACAUGAAAGUUUGAACUUGUUCAACACAUCUGUAAACUUAGCUAGGAAAGCUAUAGAUGAUUACAUUCGAGAAGAGAGCAUUCCCUUUGAGUCGAGACCUAUGGUCGCUGGAUCGUGCGGUCCUUAUGGCGCUUACCUACACAAUGGAUCUGAAUAUACCGGUUCCUACGGAAAGAAUAUAUCCCGACAAGAAUUAAUUGAUUGGCACAGGCCGCGCGUUAAGGCGCUAUUAAAUGCUGGUACUGAUCUUUUAGCUUUCGAAACUAUACCCUGCGUCGAAGAAGCGGAAGCCAUUCUAGAAUUGCUGAAGGAGUACCCACAUGCCCGUGCCUGGCUCUCAUUUUCAUGUCGAGAUGGUCAAUUCAUGUCGGACGGCAGCAUAUUCCAAAAUACAGCUGUGCGUUGUUACCGCACUUUGCCAUUGCAGAUCAUCGCAGUUGGCGUAAAUUGCAUUGAUCCGAAAUACGUAACUCCCUUACUGAAAGGUAUCAAUGAAAGUGCUUCAUCGGAACAGAAUUUCAUUCCCCUGAUAGUGUAUCCCAAUAGAGGUGGCAGCUAUUCUACAAGCGGUGAAUGGAUCGCGGUCCAAGACGAUCAUUCUCUGAAUCUGCCCAUAUCAGAAUGGUUGGACCUAGGAAUUCGUUAUAUCGGCGGUUGCUGUAAAAUCUUCGCAGAGGACAUUAAGCUAAUUCGAUCGGAAGUGAAUCGAUAUAGCAAGAAAUUCUAAACAAGUGAUGCCAGCGACUUCCAAAUAUAUUUUUUACAGAUGUUGAUAUAUACACUAAUUAAAACCAGAAGUA